UACGAGGCUUCUAGUGGAAAAGUUACCUCCCUCCAAUACGAGGUUUCUAGUGGAAAAGCAACAUGGCUGGGCAGGAGAAAGUAGUUCAGCAACAGCUUCAAAAAGAAGUUGAAGAAUUUCAAAAGCUUCAGAAAGAUAUGCAGAAGCUGUUUGCACAAAGACAACAACUAGAGACGCAACUAACAGAAAAUAAGAUUGUGAAAGAGGAACUUGAUUUGAUAAAACAAGAUGCCAAUGUUUUCAAGUUGGUAGGGCCAGUACUUGUAAAGCAAGAUCUCAAUGAAGCCAAACUUAAUGUUGAAAAGAGAAUAGAAUACAUCCAAGCAGAAUCGAAAAGACAUGAAAAAAGUUUGCAAGAUCUUGAAGCUAAACAAACAUCCCAUAGAGAGGGCAUUGGCAAGUUACAACAACAGUAUCAACAACUUAUGGUAAAAGCACAACAAAAGUGAACAACUGAAAAUGGCAUUUUCCCACACAGAAACACAAUUUUGAAGGUCAAAGUGGCAGGAUAAGUUUGUCUUCUAUGGAUAACUUGACACAAAAGACACAUACAAACUACAUGUCAUCUUUCUUAGUUACAUAAAUUCUGACAGUCAAAAACUAUAGAAAGUUUAAUAUUACAUUUAAGAUCUUUUGUUUUUAAACAAUCAAAGGUCUAACUGAUAUUGAA